GUAGUGCAGAGUGGCCUGGUAUGCGCGCAGGAGCGAGACGGAAAGAGGAUAAGUGAGACGACUAGAAAAGAGGGACGAGGAGAAUGCCAAGGGAGCUGAGAAAAACAUCGGACGCGUCCGACAUUGUGGCGCAUCUACGUUUCACGUCACGUUUUCAACGGCCAUCCGUGAUCGAUUCAUGCUAAAACUCAAAAUAAUCAUCGUACUUGCAUUAUGAUACUGCCUAUAUUCAUUUCCCCUUGUUGCUAUGAGAGCCUUCAAGUAAAAAAUGUCAAAAAAACGAUUGGCGAUGUGGGAUGAAGUAGAAAGAAAAGUUGCUUGGCAAGCUGUAUCAAUUUAUGCAUAGCUGAUAAAUACAACUUCACAGUACAAGUUUGAUGUCGCUGUCCUUUUUCCACAUUCACCGCGGUGGAUGUCUGCUGGUACCGCGGUACGUUGCGCAGCAGGCCAUGGCUACACCCUCAAGAGCAAGUCAAGCAGACUUUCAGUCGUCCGCGCACCCUCUGGCCGUGAGGGUGAAUAAAUCGAAUUAGUUUCUGUUAUCAAUUGUCCAACACUCUCUCGUGCUUUUCAUGCGAAACAUCGUGCACCAAUUUCGAUAAGCAACUUUUGCAGCAGUUGAACUUGAAUUGGAGGAAAAGAAAGGAGAACUGACCAGACUAGAAGCUAGCUAUAAUUAACACAGGUUUUCCGUGAUUAAAAUCUCAACCUCGUUAGCAAAAAUACGUCAGCUUUGAUCAAAACGUACUACUUCUGCUACUGUUACUGCUCCAAUACGUUACAGUGGAAAAAAAGGAAAGAUUAAUUGUUAUACGAUGUAAGAAAAGAAUCGUCUGGCAUAAGGACGAAGCCUGGAAGUGGGUAAAGAUUAGACGAAAAUCACGAACACGUGGCAAGACGUAAAGCGGGCUUUCAGCCUGCUCUGUGUUAAAACAUUUCCUGACAAAAGUACGAUGUUGGAGGCACCUCCUGGUAGCCGGGAAGAUCUUGUAGAGGCAGCCAAGACCCCCUGCUCUUCUACAGAUCUGGACACUAUGCUUUAUGGAUACACCAAUGGAAUAUACGUACUGGAUCAUACACCAGAGUCUAUGUCGGAUAUGGAUAUGCUACAACUAUUUGCAUCUCCUGCCGGCCGAGCUUUAAUUACUGAUGACAAUCACAGUCGCCGACGAGGAAUAACAUCAACUUCGUCACUGUCACGAGAAUUGUCACGAGUAAAAAACUCGAGAAGAAAUAACAGCAUCACACUCAGUCAACCGUCAAGUACACGAAGCCCACCACCUAGACAACGGAAAUCCAGUGCAGAGCUUUAUAAGGAAGCCGUUGAAAUCCUUGGACUUACGUGUUCUCUUACAGACAGCUGCCGAUGCAUUGAAUGCCAAAGCAAUUACUUUGAUUGCGAGGACGACUGUGGAGAUGCGAGAACAGAAUUGGCAGCAGGCACACCGAUUCUCCUGGACCACGCUUUGUCUCAUCCACUUACGUGCUCCAUACAGUAGUAAAGACCACAAGACAUAGCCUGGAGUCUCAAUCGAUCUGUCAGUGGUCCUUUCGUGGGUGCGGACGUGCCAUCUUACGCCUCGAGGAAUCACUAGACAAGAACUCUACUGUCUUCUUCUUCCUUAUAUUUAACUUGUUUUUCCAUCAAAGUUCCUUUCUCUUUCUUCCUUUUAUUUUUCAGUCUGACAUCUUCCUCCGCAUUUACGUGCGUUGUCUGCUACUGAAAAAACAUUAAUCUUAAGUGAUUGCGAGCUGAGAAAAAGUAGAGAGAGGACAGAUCGUGUCAAUCGAAAGAAGUCUGAGAAAAUCAAGCCAACGACCUAUACUGAAACAACGCUCAUAUGUUUAAGUUUAAUCUUAAAGAUGAUAAUGAUUAUUAAACAAAUAUAUCAUGGCCUAUUAAAAUGAAUUUCCGUUCAUUUUCAAGCUCUUUUAAAGCUCAAUAUUUGUUAUUUAUCUUGGGUUAUUGUGUACAUAAUACGUGAGUAGGAAAAUGUGACAUAGAUUUUAUAAUCGUGGUGGGAAAAUUGAGAUAAGAGAAAUCUGAGCAAGAUGAUCUAUUGAAAUAAUCUAAUGACUUUGUGAGUUUUGAAGUAAAAUCAUUCAUUAAAAAAAAAAAGAAUUUGAAUUUCUAUAUUCAUAGCAAUUUUUCUAAAGGCCUCAGGGGAGUAUUUUUGCUAUAUCCCAUCGCUGGAUAACUUGAUAUUUAUUUUCAGUAAAUAGGAAGUCUUUUACUUACUUGGGGGUUAAGAUUUUUUUUUUUAACAUGAUAGCUAAGAAGAAAUUUUACUAAGGAAUUGUCAGAUAGUUUGGUUAUGAAAUUAUAAAUAUUGUUUCAGGGUCAUAAAUAAAAUAAGCUUUGAUAUUAUUCACAAUUAGUGAAGAUUAAGUUGGAAGAAGUUACAUCCCUACAUGUCUCUGGUUUUUUUCUAGUAUUUACGUUUACUAUAUUACUGAUUAACUAUUUAUCCAUCCAUUGUAUUAAGUCACACUAGACCUAUUAAUAUUUGAAUCAUGCAAGUUGAAAGUAAUUAUCUAAAAAAUGAUCUCACUUUGGAAGGAAGAAGCAUUUUUGAAAAAAAUCGUGUAAGAAAUAAGUUAGUGGUUACUUCUUAACUGAGAACUUAUUCAAGAUUAAAUCUAUUUACAUAUCUGUACGCAACACAGAGUCAUCAAUCUGAGAUCUAAUGCUUUGGACAUUAAGUGGGUGGAGAAAGCUGAGGUUUUGGGGCAGAUUCACUGAUAGAGCCUGGGGCUGAAUUUCAGUAUGUACUUCUCUCCUUAUGCACAUUGGUACACACACUCUCUUCGGGCUUGUUAUCUUCCUGAGGGGUUAAUAGGUGAUGCCAUCAAGAUAGAUAGACAUGAUGGUACUGAAUAAUAAUAGAAAGGCAAUUGAAAAUCCUCAAUUCGACUAGUUUCUGAAAAAAUCCUUUUUAUUGAUCUUAAAUCUUGAAUAAUUUCAUUAUAGAGAGAAGAAGUAAUUAUUGCCUGAUUUUAAAUAAAGUGAGAUUGUUUUAAAGACAAUUGUCAAUAACAGUACAAUGUGGUCAAAGAAUUGACCAACUUACAUUUUACAUUAUAAUUAUUUAUACAAAUAUUCAACCAAUUUUUAAGAAAUACAAUUUGGCAAAUGAUUAGUUUGAAAUUUCAAAAUUAAAAUAAAUAAUGAAAGCUUUGAUGAUAAAGAAUAUUGAAAAAUUUUUGUGCAAUAUUAUAAAGUAGUUAUCGACUGUGUGAUUUAUUUAGAAUUUUAAUUUUUAUUAAAAAGAUAAUUUUUGAAUUUUAAUCUAAUUCUCAAGUUCACCUUUGUUUUAGAACAUUGUAUUGUAUAUGAUAACUUAUUACAUUGUAUAUGUUUCUAAAGCUAUCAGUUAUUAUUUGUUCCAAAAAGCAUACAAAUAUCACAUCUUUAUCUUUAUCAUCCGACGUCAUUGACCUUAUCUAAAUUCUCCUUUGUCUUUCAACCUUCAUGUACUCUAUUAGAGUAUUAUAUACUCUAUUUUAUCUUCUACAUAGCCCAUUUGUUAUCUCAAUAGGAUGCAUUUUCACCAUCUCUUGUUAACAACUUCUGCAUGUUUGCGGAUUGUAAAUUUUGAUAAUAAACUUUUCUUUAAAAAAUAUUAAAAAGUAAUUCCCUAAAAAUCUUGAAAAACAUAUUAAUUAAAUAUUUCAUUAUGCAAAAAACAUAUUUCAUACAGUCAAACGUGCCAAAAUCAACUGACAAAGAACGAAAUGUAGAAAUAUUAAUUAUGAAAGGAAAAUCACUGGAAGAAAAAAAA